AUGUACUGCGGGGACGAAGUCGGCGCGUUCAUCGGGGACGUCGGGUCUCUUACCGCCAAGUUCGGCUAUGCGGGGGAAGACACACCCAACUUGGUCUUCCCAUCAUGCAUGGGGGUGCGUCCGGCAACCAACGAGCGCAUCGUGGGCCACAGUGCACUGUCCAGCUGCCACGACAUCACAGCGUUGCCUCGAGCGAUCAGUACCUUGGAAGACAAGACCAACUACAAUUGGGACGUGAUGGAGAAGCUUUGGCUGCACGCGUUCGAGGAAUCUCACGUCGAUCCCACCCAACAUGCUGUGUUGACGUGUCUCUCGCCGUUCGACAUGCAUGAGAGUGUGUCGUACAUGGAGCUCAUGUUUGAAAAGUUCAAUGCCCCAGCUUUCUACGUGGCGAAAGAUGCAGUGCUGAAUGCGUUUUCGUUUGGCAAGUCGACUGCACUCGUGUGCGAUGUGGGCGCUAGCUCCAUGCGGGUAGUUCCUGUCGUGGAAGGGUUCACGUUAAAGGGAUCAUCGUUUCGAUCGACUGCGGGAGGGGAAGCAUUGACAAACCAGCUUCUCUCCGUCCUCCACGACAAACACCACGUUGAGAUCCACCCUGGCGCUCGCAAGUACGCUGCUGUGGAUGGUAGCGGUCCUGCGCUCCACCGACCAUUGGCAUCUGUGUCCAACGAGUACCGCAACUAUCGCAUUUUGGAGAUUGUCCGCGACAUCAAGGAAUCGCUAUGUCAGAUGCCCGAAACGACUCUCCAAGAGGAUCUUGCCGAGAGCGUUGCGCCAGAGCACUACGAACUUCCCGAUGGAACCGUCGUCACACUCGGCAGCGAGCGAUUCCGCAUUCCCGAAAAGCUCUUCCACCCGGAUGUCAUUGCGGCCGACUCGACGACCGUCGACAGCUCGUCCAAGGGGCUUCACCGGAUGGUAUACAACUCUGUGCAAAGCAGUGACGUUGACGUGCGUAAAGACCUACUCUACAACAUCGUGUUGUGCGGCGGUGGUAGUGGCCUUCCUGGUCUCACAGAGAGAUUACACUGGGAGGUGUCGCAAUUGGUGCCGUCGGCAACCUACAAGGUGCGACUGACCCAAGUGUCGGCGAUCGAGAAGAAGUUCAGUGCGUGGAUCGGCGGCAGCAUCCUGGCGUCUCUCGGAUCGUUCCAGCAACUGUGGGUCUCCAAGCGCGAGUUUGACGAGUACGGCGCCGACGCCAUGGCCGCGUCGCGAUUCUUGUGAUAGAACUGCAAUGCACGCCCCCAGGUGUAUCCAGAAUUAAGUUAUUCGCGCCGUAUUCGCCAAAUUUUGCACCUCC